AUGUCGCAACAACAGAAAGGUGGUUUACUAGACCAGAUCCUCUUGGAGGAUGUAGCAAGAUGCUGUCCUCAUCAGUUUCUUGCUUUCCAUCAGUGUAUGUCCUUGCCACAACCAGAUCCAGAGCACUGUCUAAAGCAACAAGUUGAAUUGACACAGUGCAUUAGGACCUCUGUGCCUUCAUUUCAAAAAAUCCAAGGUGAGUGCUCGGGUAAACUACAAGCUUACGAAGCAUGUUUAAAGAUGAACAAGAGUCAGACGCUGAAAUGUACUCAUGAGCUUGAAGACUUGAGAAAUUGUGCAUUUGGAUCUAUAAAUAAGUAG